AUGGGUAUUUCUAGAGACUCUCGUCACAAGCGUGCUGCUACUGGUGCCAAAAGAGCCCAAUUCAGAAAGAAGAGAAAGUUUGAGUUGGGUCGUCAGCCAGCCAACACCAAGAUUGGUGCUAAGAGAAUCCACACUGUUAGAACCAGAGGUGGUAACAAGAAGUUCAGAGCCUUGAGAAUCGAGACCGGUAACUUCUCUUGGGCUUCCGAGGGUGUUGCUAGAAAGACCAGAGUUACUGGUGUGGUCUACCACCCAUCCAACAACGAGUUGGUGAGAACCAACACCUUGACCAAGUCUGCUAUUGUCCAGAUCGACGCUGCUCCUUUCAGACAAUGGUUCGAGACCCACUACGGUAAGGUCUUGGGUAAGAAGGUCGAGGGUGAGGAGACCAAGAGAUCCAAGAAGGUUGAGAGAAAGUUGGCUGCUAGAGCCGGUGCCUCCAACAUCGAGCACUCUGUCGAGCACCAGUUCGCUGCCGGUAGAUUGUACGCCUGCAUCUCUUCUAGACCAGGUCAAUCUGGUAGAUGUGACGGUUACAUCUUGGAGGGUGAGGAAUUGGCCUUCUACUUGAGAAGAUUGACUGCCAAGAAGUAA